AUGACUGUGUCUUCUCAACUUGUAUUCCUUCUUAUUCCCUUGCUCUUUUUUCUGUCAACAAACUAUGUUUUUGCUCAAACCAAUAAAGGCAAAGUGAACUUGGGAACUUCCCUCUUUGCAGAAGAGAAUUCUUCCCCUUGGCUCUCUCAGAAUGGCGAUUUUGCUUUCGGGUUUCGUCAGCUUAGAAACCAAGAUGAUGAUAUCCUCUUCUUGCUGUGCAUAUGGUAUGCCAACAUACCUAACAAAACCAUAGUUUGGCAUGCAAAUGGAGAAACAGACCCGGUCAUGGUGCCGAGGGGAUCUCAACUCAACCUCAGUGCCAAUCAUGGGCUUUUGCUGACUAUGAUAGGAGGUACCUGUUGGAAGAAGAGGUUUCCUUUGUCAAAUGGGAGAGUGGAUAAUACUAAUCCAUCUAUUGCUUUCAUCAAAAUUCGCAAGGGAAUAUUAAGUGGAUCUGUAUGUGUUAACUUUAUGUUACUUGGUGCAAUUUGUGUGGGGAUUUUACUCGCUCGCAAGAAGAAGAGUGAAAGGUCUCCUUCUCCACAAGAUGAUCCUGAAUCGAAUUUGCGAUGCUAUAGCUACAAAGAACUUGAAGAAGCCACAGAUGAUUUCAAAGAUGAACUGGGACAUGGAUCUUUUGGCAUUGUUUACAAAGGCCACCUCAUACAAACUAAUGCUAGCAUUGUCGUGGCUGUGAAAAAAUUGAGUUCAAUACUAAAAGAUGGUGAAAGAGAAUUCAAGGCUGAAUUGAAAUCCAUUGGCCAGAUACAUCACAAGAAUCUUGCUCGCCUACUAGGAUAUUGUAAUGAUGGACCUAAUCGUUUGUUGGUGUACGAGUACUUGAGCAAUAACACUCUAGCAAGCUUUUUGUUUGGUGGCAUCAUAAGGCCUUGUUGGAACCAAAGAAGUGAACUUGCUUUAGGAAUUGCAAAAGGGCUCUUAUAUUUACACGAGGAGUGCAACACUCAGAUCAUUCACUGUUAUAUAAAGCCACAAAACAUACUUCUUGAUGAGUACAACAAUGCCAAGAUAUCUGAUUUCGGUUUGGCCAAACUUUUGAUGAUUAAUCAAAGUCAUACACAUACAGCCAUUAGAGGAACAAAAGGGUAUGUUGCACCAGAGUGGUUUAGGAAGGAGUACAACAAUGUCUAUGUAUUUUCCUCUUCUUAA